GCAAUCAUGUCGCGUGGUCAUGUCGAUGUUACAGAGCGAAGACUAAAGCCAAUAUACGAGGCUCUGGACACUCACAACAACAAGAAAGCUAUUCAACUAGCAGACAAAUUGCUAAAGAAACAAGACUUGCUAUGUGCUAAGGUGUUGAAAGCUUUGGCUUUGCUGCGUUCAGGAAGAGACGUGGAAUCGUGGAAUCUGAUUGAUGAUGCAAAAAAGAAGCGUCCGUAUGAUGAUGCGUCACUAAACGCAAUGUCUCUGUUUUUUCGCGAGGCCAGGAAACCUGAAUAUAUUGUGGAGAUUUUCGAAGUUGCUGUCAAAGAUGACCCGACUAACGAAGAAUAUAUGACACAUUUGUUUAUGGCUUAUGUUAGACUGAAUGAGUACAAGAGACAGCAGCAAGUUGGGAUGUCAUUAUUUAAAUUGGUACCCAAGAAUCCUUACUACUAUUGGUCUGUGAUGAGUAUUGUCAUGCAGGCCCAUGCUUCUGAUGAUGUGCAGUUGACAAAGAAGACAUUGCUUUCUCUGGCUGAACGGAUGAUAGAGAAGAAUGUGAAAGAGAACAAAAUGGAAUCAGAGGCUGAGCUACGGCUGUAUGUAAUGGUAUUAAGGCAACAGAACAAACAUGAAGCUGCUCUUACGGUUUUGCAAGGUGAACUUUCUGCUUUAUGGCAGGAUGAGAGUGAGAAAGAGCAGCUCGAGAGAGAAAUUUUGUGGACUUUGAAAAGAUGGCCAGUCAUAAACCAAAUAGCAAAGAGAGACCUUCGAACAGAUUCAGACAACUGGGGUCUUUAUCAACUCUAUUUUGACUCUGUUUUUGGACUAAUGGAGAUGCAGGCUUUGUCUAUAGCAACAGACAAUGAUGCUGGAGACAAUGUCUGUGAUGAUGACUUAGAUCGAGAUGUACUGACUGCUUGGAAAUUUGUUGACUCACUUGUUGCUAAAGAACUUGAAAAGAAAGGAGCCAAAUUAAGAGGACCAUUUAUGGCUCGUAUGGAACUAGUAAAUCGAUCAAGACAGCAUGGAGUUGGACAACACCUGGCAGAUGUGGCAACACCAUUGCAAAUGUUUUGUGAGUACUAUGACUUGUUUGGUGAUCGGUACUGUUGUUACUCUGAUGUGGACAAUUAUCUUCAUUUGAUGGAUGACAGUCAACAAUCUGAGUUUCUUACUAAACUGAGAAGUCAAGCUGCAUUGUCCAGUUCAAGUGAUGAAGCUGAAACAAUUGAGAGAAAAGCAUUAAAUGUGAUGCAGCGUCAUAUCUGUGCUCUUCAGCUCUCAAGGACAUUGGGGACUCAUACAAAUUUAAGUGUAGCAGACAAGAAGACAUUGUCUGAAGAACUAAUUCAACACUUUAAAAAUGGAAUCAAAUAUGGUAAAGGUUUGCUGGAGACUGAUCUUAGGCCAAAUGAUAACUACGCUUUACUAGCUGCUCAUCUUAUUAUUGAUAUUGCUGUAGAUUUGGGCGAUAUGAUUGUGUAUUGGGAUGCAGUUGGUAUAUUAGAAGAAGCACUGCUGCUUAGCCCGUCUAAUCCACAAAUUCAACUACUACUUGUUCGCAUUUACUCGAUUCUAGGUGUUUUUGAUCCCUGUGCACGAAUUUUCAACUCAAUGGAGAUUAGGAACAUUCAGUUAGACACACUUGGCUAUUUGUUUCUUUCACCCGCUUCAUCAUUAGGCUACUUUAAGACAGCACGGAAACUUGCUAAAAUGACACUGGCAUAUUUUUUCAUGAGCAAGAAAGAUACUCCUGAGUAUGUUGUUUCAGCAUAUCGGAGCGGGUCAUUUCACAAGAUUUUAGAGAUUAUUCAAUUUCAGCAGAAGGUUCAGAGAUCAAUCACUUUUCCUAUGACUGUUUAUGAUUCUACAGCUUUUGAUGUUUUGGUGGAAGCUAGCAGUUUAGAUGAAAUCUGUAUUUCUCUUAGUAAUGCUACAAUCUGGGCAGUUGCUCAGUUUUUCCAUGUUCUUUUGGAUAAUCGUGAUACUAAAGUAUUAGACACAUGGGAUCCUCCUAACAGGAGACUAACCAAUGAGCAAGUCAAACUCUCAUUUGACUUGGACAUGGAGUGGUUGAAAAUACGUUCUGGAACUUUUCGUAGUCUUUAUCUAAUUGUAUCUAUGCUGCGGUUGGUAACACCAGUUACUACACCAAUUCGAGAGGCUGAAAAUUCUAUAGCUACAAUCUCUGAUGGAGUUGCUGAAUUAGAGGGCGUCUUCAGUGAAUUACAAGGUGUUGUAGAAAGCCUUCAACAAAACUCCAAGGUGCACACCAAGUUUCCUAUUCAAGGUCCACCUCGAAAUCGAAUUAUUCCAUAUUUAGAAGGUGGGCAUUCAGAAGUGCUACUUAAUUUAAUUUCUGUGGCUAUCACUUUAUUCAGAGCUGCCUCAGUAAAUUGGACAGCAACUGAAUGUGCGGAUUGUCAGAAAGCAACCAAUGAAGCAGUGGCUAGACUGUUGUUGAUACUAGGAGAGCAAUCUCAAAGGUGUAGUAAGUCACUGUGUGUGGGAACUGACAACAAACGACAGUUUUCUGGAUUUUGUUUAGAGCCACUUGUUUUUCUGACAGAGACCUUUUGUCACACACUAGUUGUAUUAGCUGCUUUUAGUCAAGUUUUAGAACCGCAGCAGAGCUCGAAGAAACAGAAAAAGAAGACAAAGAAUCAAGAAUUGGUUGUUGCAUUUAACUCUUUAAAAUCAUCCAUGAAACCAGUUCAAGUCAAAGUGACAGAACUGAUGGUGGAACUCAAGUCAGAGUUGAGUCAAGUAAAGGAAGAGAUUAUUGCUGAAAAUCUUACAUCUCUCUCCAUCUCAACUGUGGAUGAUGAUGCUGUUCAAGCAAAGGUGCUCAAACAUGCGAGGGACAGCUACACAGAGUCACUAGAAGAGAUCGCAGAUGUGUUAGACAAGAAACUGAAGUUUGCUGCCACAAUACAAUGGUAGUAUAGUCUAGUAGCAGAU